GGCCACAAAUUUCCUGUUCUGGUUCACUCUCUCUGCUCUCAAAGUGUCAUUUCAAAUAAAGAGCUGUAAAAAUCCACUGUCCACCUGCUCUGCAACAAACAGCAGACACACAGAGUUAAAGACUACUUGGCGAACACUGUGGAGCCAGAAGCGUUUUCCCAAAGUCAAGGAGGGAUCCUCAGGAUGACUGAGGUGAUGAACUCUCUGGAGCCCAGUACGGAGGACUUCAGCGGUGGAGGAGCAGGAGCAGAUCAGGGCGCUAUCUUCCCAGAUACCCAUGAAAGGUAUCCAAAGCUGUCCAAGAGGCUUCCCUCCAUCGUGGUCGAGCCGACAGAAACAGCAGAGGUGGAGAGUGGCGAGCUCCGCUGGCCGCCGGAUGAGCCGAGCUCUCCGGACGCCCAAAAGGCAAGGCCCGGUGCAGAAGAACAAACUGCAGAUGAGGAGCAGCCUGAUGUCGGCGUGGACGAAGAGGCAGAGAUUCAAGAUUCCAACUGAACAAAUUCUCCUCCUGCGUAUUCCACUGUUACUGUGAGUGUGUCCAGACUUGGAUGAAUAAAUAAAAGAGUCCAAUAGAAGAGCGUGUUGCAUUGACAGAAAGAUCACGGAGACAGUUUAGAGAAGGGUAGAAAAACAGAUUCCCAAACCCCAGCUUAUGGGCUUGGAGCCAGAGUCGUGUUGCCACCUUCUAAAGUAAUUUUACAGAAGGUUUGUUGUUGUUUUUGGCUUCUUCUGAUGAAGCAGGUUGUUCUGACACAUGUAAGCUUUUAAAGAUGAUUGAAGGGAUCAAGGUGCCCUCUUGAACAUGUUUUUUUGUCCCUUUUGGCUGUUUUCUUUUUCGGGAGAAGCUGCCUGGGAAUUAACAAAAUAUACUUUAGCUUUUGGCAGCAGACGUGUUUUUAAUGUCAGAAUUUAAAUACUUUAUCUCCGGUUUGAGGGUUUCCUCGUAUAAUAUGACUGUUGUCAGAUUUCCAGUUUGUGAUUUUAUAUUAUAAAUUUCUCUUUUAAGUUUUUGCCCUGGCUCCAAGCCCUCGCCGUCCAGAUGCCAUCUCAUCUGGACAGAUGUUUCUAAAUGCUGUCUGAAGUAUUUAGCUCAUGUGUGCCAUAUUACUACUACUACUGAUGGUAGCUACUGUAUUUUGUGCACAGUUUUUACAUUAAUUCUAGAUGUAAAUUACAUCACUGUACGUUAAGUGCUGACUGCUGUAGUUUUGGUGACGCUUGGUUUCACAAUUCACUUUGUAAUAAUAGCUACGAUGUUUUAAAGAGCAGUAUUUGAUUAAGAAAGCCUUCGAUGCUUUAUUCGAUGUUAUUGCGACACAUUAUUUAUAUAAUAUAUUAUGAUAUGUUGUCUUCAUACAAUAGAUGUUAAAAGGAAUGUAAUCGUGUUCUGUUUUACUUAUUGGAGCAAUAUGUUCACUGGAAUUUAAAGGCAGUCCAUUUUGUUACAGAAAUUAAAAAAUAGCCAGUAUAUAGUGUGUCACUUGUCACAGACAUGAUAUUUUUUAAAAUACUGGAAGCCUAAAUUAUUGCACAAGUAAUAAACCUUUUGAAAA